GUACUGAAAUGUUUGUUUCAACUGCGUUCACAGGCUAAAGAGUGCAAUGGCGUCAAGGCUCCAAUUGAUACAAGUAAACCCAACCCUAAUGAGGUGGAAUUUGAUAACCUAUAUUUGGAUAUGAAUGGCAUAAUUCACCCUUGUACACAUCCAGAAGACAAGCCAGCACCCAAAAAUGAAGAUGAAAUGAUGGUUGCGAUUUUUGAGUAUAUUGACAGGAUCUUCAACAUUGUAAGACCAAGACGACUUCUUUACAUGGCUAUAGAUGGAGUAGCUCCACGUGCAAAAAUGAAUCAACAGCGGUCGAGAAGAUUCAGAGCAUCAAAGGAGGGCAUGGAAGCUGCUGAAGAGAAGCAAAAGAUAAGACAAGAAAUUCUGGCAAAAGGUGGCAUUCUUCCUCCAGAAGAAGUGAAAGAGAGAUUUGACAGCAACUGUAUUACCCCAGGAACUGAGUUUAUGGACAAUCUGGCUAAAUGUCUCCGCUAUUACAUUGCUGACCGUUUGAACAGUGACCCAGGGUGGAAAAAUUUGACAGUUAUUUUGUCUGAUGCUAGUGCUCCUGGUGAAGGCGAACAUAAAAUCAUGGAUUACAUUAGAAGACAAAGAGCUCAACCAAACCAUGACCCAAACACUCAUCAUUGUCUCUGUGGGGCUGAUGCUGAUCUGAUUAUGCUUGGGUUAGCUACGCAUGAACCAAACUUCACUAUAAUUAGGGAAGAGUUUAAACCAAAUAAACCCAAGCCAUGUGCUCUUUGUAACCAGAUGGGUCAUGAGGUUAAGGAUUGCCAAGGUUUGCCCAGAGAAAAACAAGGCAAGCAUGACCAGUUUGCAGACAGUCUUCCUAUCGCUGAACAAGAAUUUAUCUUCAUCCGAUUAUGUGUUUUGCGAGAGUAUUUGGAAAGAGAACUCACUAUGGCCAGUUUGCCUUUCAGUUUUGAUUUUGAAAGAAGUGUUGAUGACUGGGUCUUUAUGUGCUUCUUUGUGGGAAAUGACUUUCUUCCUCAUCUGCCGUCUUUGGAGAUUAGGGAGGGGGCGAUUGAUCGCUUGGUUAACAUAUAUAAAAAUGUGGUGCACAAAACUGGGGGAUACCUCACAGAAAGUGGUUUCGUCAACCUACAGCGGGUCCAGAUGAUCAUGUUAGCUGUUGGAGAAGUUGAAGAUAGCAUUUUCAAAAAGAGAAAAGAUGAUGAUGAUAACUUUAAAAGACGGCAAAAAGAAAAGAGAAAAAGAAUGAAGAGGGAUCAGCCUUCUUUUAUUCCUGGUGGACAGUUUUCUCCUCAAGCUCUGGGAAAUCGAUCUAGUCCUCAGGCAAUCAGUAACCCUAGACAAGCUGCUUUUGAGAUGAGAAUGCAUGACAGACAGAAUUCUACAACUUCAUCAUCUCCAAAUACCAGCUUCACUUCUGAUGGCAGCCCAUCGCCGGCAGGAGGAAUUAAGCGAAAAGCUGACGAUAGUGACAGUGAACCUGAGCCAGAGGAUAAUAUCAGGUUAUGGGAAACUGGUUGGAAACAGCGCUACUAUAAAAACAAAUUUGAUGUUGAUGCAUCUGAUGAGAAAUUCCGUCGUAAAGUUGUACAGUCCUAUGUGGAAGGGCUUUGCUGGGUUCUCAGAUAUUAUUAUCAGGGCUGUGCAUCCUGGAACUGGUAUUACCCUUUUCACUAUGCUCCGUUUGCUUCUGACUUUGAGGGUAUUGCAGACAUGCCUUCAGAUUUUGAGAAAGGCUCAAAACCGUUUAAGCCUCUCGAACAACUUAUGGGAGUAUUUCCAGCUGCAAGUGGAAAUUUUCUGCCACCAACGUGGAGGAAGCUCAUGACAGAUCCGGAAUCAAGUAUAAUUGACUUCUACCCUGAAGAUUUUGCUAUUGAUUUAAAUGGAAAGAAAUAUGCUUGGCAAGGUGUUGCGUUAUUGCCGUUUGUUGAUGAGCGACGCCUUAGAGCUGCCCUGGAAGAAGUCUAUCCUGACCUCACUCCUGAAGAAA